GUCUUUUUGUACUAUAUGAGUAAUUAACUCUAGAGAUUUCUUUGGAUGACGAGAUUAGAUGAACCAAUAUGCAUACACAAAUAUAUGCUGUCCACACAGCCAUAGCUCUCUGCUCAAACUACUCCAACACUGUCCAGAAGAAGAAAACUGGCAGCAGACAUGGCCUUAGUAAAACCCAUACUGAAGUUUUGUCCCUCCGGCACUCCACGGCCGAGCAGCUGCCGGAAACCGCCGCUCUUCAGCGUGAGAAUGUCGAGCACCGCCACAUCGGCGAAGAAGGCCGCCGGGAAGCAGGCGAUCAAGGAAUCCCUCCUGACGCCGAGAUUCUACACGACGGACUUCGAGGAAAUGGAGAGGCUCUUCAACACGGAGAUUAACAAAAAUCUGAAGGAGGAUGAGUUCGUGUCGCUGCUUCAGGAGUUCAAGACGGACUACAAUCAGACCCAUUUCGUGAGGAACAAGGAAUUCAAGGAGGCCGCCGACAAGCUUCAGGGUCCUCUCCGGCAGAUAUUCGUGGAGUUCUUAGAGAGGUCCUGCACUGCCGAGUUCUCUGGUUUCCUUCUCUACAAAGAGCUCAGUAGAAGGCUCAAGAAAACAAACCCUAUUGUAGCAGAGAUAUUCUCUCUCAUGUCUAGGGAUGAAGCUCGCCAUGCUGGGUUCUUAAACAAGGGAUUGGCCGACUUCAACUUGGCAUUGGACUUGGGCUUCCUGACUAAGGCCAGAAAGUACACAUUUUUCAAGCCCAAAUUCAUCUUCUACGCAACAUACCUGUCUGAGAAAAUUGGGUACUGGAGAUACAUUACCAUAUAUAGACACCUGAAAGCGAAUCCGAAAUAUACGUGCUACCCGAUUUUCAAUUACUUCGAGAACUGGUGCCAGGAUGAGAAUCGCCAUGGUGACUUUUUCUCUGCUUUGAUGAAAGCUCAACCUCAGUUCCUCAAUGACUGGAAGGCGAAAUUGUGGGCCCGCUUCUUCUGUCUUUCGGUUUACGUGACUAUGUAUCUCAAUGACUGCCAGAGGAGUGCUUUUUAUGAAGGCAUUGGCCUUAACACAAAAGAAUUUGAUAUGCAUGUCAUCAUUGAGACGAACCGAACAACGGCUAGAAUCUUCCCGGCUGUACUAGAUGUGGAGAACCCGGAGUUCAAGAGGAAGUUGGACAGAAUGGUGGAGAUCAACCAAAAGCUGAUCGCAGUUGGGGAGAGCAGUGACCUUCCCGUGGUGAAGAAUCUGAAGAGAAUCCCUCUCGUUGCUGCCCUUGCUUCUGAGCUGUUCGCUGCCUAUCUCAUGAAACCUGUUGAUUCUGGUUCCGUUGACCUUGCUGACUUCGAAACCCAGCUCGUUUACUGAAUGAAGACUGCUCUCCUCUUCUUUAAUUCUUGCCAAAACUCUAUUCACGAUUGUGUAUAAUCAUCUAGUCAGAGAGAAAUUUCCUCAUCGUUUCUAUUUGGCUGAAUUAAUUAAUUCUCGCUAAAAGUUAAGUUUACCUUUUUUUAAUUAUACUUCUUCCGUCGGUCCGUCCACUUAAAUUGUUAUUUUUUUUGUCCGUUCCACUAACUUAUACUCCGUACUUCCUAAGGGAGUGUUUGCAACUGC